AGCAGCCGGAACACUCGCCGUUCGCCUCAAAGACCGCAAUCAAAAUACACAAUUACUGUUUCUGGCAGGCUUUUAUUUCAAUUCAUGUAACAUAAAGUAGGCUUAUAAUCAUGCUAUCGGCGUCUUUCGGGAUAUAAACGGGAUUGUUUGGACACACGCGCUUAUAAGUUUUCUGAAGACUCUACGACUGGAGAAAUAAUGCGUCUAAGCAUCUUUGUGGAGUUUCACCUCGCUGUUAUAUUUAUUCUAAACAUUAUUGUGAGUUGUCAAAAAGUAGAACCUCUUGAAUGCAGUUUGGGGGGUUAUACUGUUCUUCAGAGUCCAUACCGAAGCACCAAGUUCAGCUCACAGCAUCUGCUCCAGUCUGCUAUGCAGGAACUCAUUUGUGAUCAUUCACUCGCUCCUGGAUGGUAUCAGUUCCAGAUCUUUGAUAAACCGGCCCGUAUGCCCACCAAAUGUGUGGAGGUAAAUCAUUGUGGAACACAAGCCCCAGUAUGGCUCGCCCUGGCUGACGGAGAGACUCUCCCACACCCCCUAGAGGUAAAGCAGUUGACAGCCUGCGCAACCUGGCAGUUCCUUGGAAGUGGCAACAAAGAUUGUUGUCUUUUCCGACUGCCCGUCACCGUGCGCAAUUGUGGGGACUUUUAUGUCUACUUGCUCCAACCAACGCAAGGAUGCAUGGGCUAUUGUGCAGAGGAGAUUUAUGACUCCAAUCAAACCGACUGUGAUUCAAGACAAAGAAAUAGUGAUGGAACCUGCAGUGAUCUACAGCCCCCUUCUUCUUCAGUACCAAUGAUUGUUUCUGAGCUGUCUGGCAGCAGUGUGUACCUUAAGUGUAUAUUUGAUGACAGUAAUGGGAACCGCUCUCUGGGAUAUGUAGUGACCUGGUGGCGACUCUCGCCUGAGGGCAACAGAGAGGAGCUCAGGAGAGACACCACAAUAGAGACAUUCGCUUUCAUCGAGCUGGAUGGCAUCAACCUGCGAUUAGGAGACAGGAUCUAUUGCAGUUGUACUAUUUUUUUCCUGGAAUCGCCAGAUGUUCAAAGCCUUUCUGUGGAGAGUCAAGAGUUUUAUGCGGGCAUUCAAUUAAAACCACAGGCUGCCUCUAUCUCAGAAGAUGGGCGAGAGUAUAUACUGGAAGUAAAGAGCACUGUGCCUAUACCAUGCGCUGAGAGAUGCACUCUCCCUUUGCAUUUUACCACCAGUAGUGAAGGUGAGGAGGACCUUGGCGUUGAUUUAGUCUUGUCCUCCUGUGAAGUAGAGCUGUCUCAAACCUCAUGUCGUAAUGGAGUAUGUGGCCAUGCUUCUGUACAUUACAGUGCAGUCACUGAUAUAUGGAAGGAUGGAGAUAGAAGCACAGAAAUACAUGUCAAACCCAUAAUCAGCUCCAACUUCCUGUGGAAUGGAUACACACCUCGAAGUGUGCAGAUUGCUGUAAAGGAUGUUCCAUCUGCCCACUGUUACUCUUUCACUGACCCUCACAUCAUCACAUUUGAUGGCAGGAGGUAUGAUAAUUACCAGAUUGGCACCUUCGUGCUGUACAGAAGCACGGCUCGUCCGUUCGAGGUGCACAUGCGGCAGUGGGAAUGUGCUGACAUGAUUUCCCAUCCUACCUCAUGCAUGUGUGGCUUUGCAGCCAGGGAUGGGGGUAAUGUCAUCACCUUUGACAUGUGUAACGGGCUGCCAGGAGAGACAAAGCCGCGCCUUUCAGUGAAGAACAGAGACCUGGUAAAGAGUGGCAUCCGCGUCACAGAGUCCUACCAGGGCCGCAAAGUCACUUUUACAUUCUCCUCUGGGGCAUUUGUGCGCGCGGACGUGGCUGACUGGGGAAUGAGUCUGACUGUAAGGGCCCCGGGCUCUGAAAGAGGCCACACUGAAGGCCUGUGUGGAACCUUUGAUGGACAGCCAAUCAAUGAUUACCACAAAGAAGGCGGAGAGACCGUGGGGGACAGCACCUCUUUUAUCAAUGCAUGGAGGUUGGCACCCAGUACCAGCUUGUUUGACAAGAUCCCUAUCUAUGAAAGCAACUCCAGUCUCAGCCAGUAUUGCCAUUGCCAACAAGAGAAACACCGGUCGCCCACUAGAGCACUUACCCAAUUCACCUUUCCCUCACGCUGCACUGCCUUUGCCCAAGUCCGAUCACCAUCCAUCAUCCCGACCGUGGACGUGACAGCUGAGUACAUUAGGUCUGUGCAACUUCAUAGUGAAACAUCCAUCCCUCCUGGCAGGCCCACCCACCACCGUCCAGCUCAGAGAAGCAGAACAAGCCCUCAAAGGUCCCAAACUCAGAGACGUGUUGUGAGUCCCCAAAGAUCUCAAACUCAAAGGCGUGUUAUAAACCCCCAAAGAUCGCAAACUCAGAGACGUGUUACAAGCCGGAGCAGGCGUCAGGGGCACUAUUACAAUUCCAGAGUGUCUGUAGACCACAACGUGAACCAAUCAGACCUGCAGAAAUCUACUUAUGAUUUCCCAGAGGAUCAUUCUUCAUCUAAUUCACAUGAACCACUGGUACCAUCUUGGCCUACUGAGUCUGGCCUGACAGAAUCUGAGGCCCGGCGGCUCUGUGAAGGAACCCUACGGAACUCCACUGUGAGGCUGGGUUGUAGACUUCUCUUGGAUGAGGUGCUAGAGCAGGCACUGGACAUGUGUGUGAUGGAUCAACAGCUGAAGGACAAUCAGGCCUGGUUGGGAGCCACUGUACCCUUCCUGGAGAAUGAGUGUGAGAGGAGGGUGAUAGAGGAUGUUUGCAGGAGAAAGGAGCACCAGGAAGUUCUGGCUUUCCUCAGGUGUCCAAGCUUGUGUAGUGGAAAUGGACAGUGCACUGAGUGGGGCUGCUCGUGUUUCCCAGGAUUUGGCUCAUACGAUUGCAGUCAGGUGUCUGAUGAGACUCCAGAGAUCACAGAAUUGGAGAACGGAGGGCUGUGUGAUGUCCGUUAUGGCGUUUGCUCCUCUGUUAGGGUUCUUGGUCAAGGCUUCAAAAAAUCAUACAAGCUCAAAUGUGAAGUUGUGAAGGAAAAGAUAGUAGAUGGCGAAUGGUCUUUGGAUGAUGCUCGGUUAGUGCCUGCUUCCUUUCAAAGCUCUUCUUCAUUAGAGUGCCAACUUCCUGUAGAUGACUCGCAAUCCUCCACAGCUCCACACCCACCAGUCUCUCGCUGGCAAAUCAAAGUGUCUAAUGAUGGGCACAGCUUCAGCAAUGCAAAGAUACUGACUCUUUUUGAUGGCACAUGUCAGAUUUGUACUGUCAGCACUGCGGUUAUCUGCACCCUCAAGAACAGAACUUGUAAUAUUGAUGGAUUGUGUUAUGGAGAGGGGGAUCACAGUCCGAGCAGCCCGUGUCUAACCUGCAGAUCGGAUCUUUCAAAGUACAGCUGGUCCAUUGCUGAGAAAAACGAGCCACCAGUGUUUCAUGCGGGUCAGACCGGUCUGAAAACAUUCUACGGAGAGAAUUUUGUCUAUCAGUUUUCAGCCACUGACCCAGAGGGCUCUGCGGUUCUCUUCACACUAGAAUCAGGGCCAAGAGAUGCUGUUCUCUCUCCAGCUGGUCUGCUCAUCUGGAAAGCCCUGUCCACAACUUCAGUGAUCUUUGAACUGGCUGUAACUGAUGAUUGUAAUGCACAGACACAGGCAGCUGUGACGGUCUCAGUUCACCCAUGUAACUGUCAGAAUGGAGCUCACUGUGUGACCAACAUUAACUUCCCCCCGGGCUCUGGUGAAUACCUGUGUGUUUGCCCUGCUGGUCUGGAGGGGGACAGAUGUGAAGUCAAUAUUGAUGACUGCAGGUCAAACCCAUGUCUCUCUGGCAGAUGUUUUGAUGGACUAAACUCCUUUACCUGUCAUUGCCCAGAGGGCCUCACAGGUGUGACCUGUGAUGAGGACAUUGAUGAAUGUUUGUCAGCUCCAUGUUACUCAGGUGUGUCCUGCACAAACACUAUGGGCUCAUUUGUGUGUGGACCCUGUCCUGACCACCUCACUGGAGACGGGAAGACAUGUAGCCGAAAGACAACAGAUAAUAUCGAGGAAGUCAAUCCUGGAAUUAUUUCUCAAAGUGAGAUAAACUUCAGCUCCUUCAAACCCAAACUUGAUCCAGGCCAGAAACUAUGUUCCAGUCGGCCCUGUUACCCUGGAGUCCAGUGUUUUGAAAGCAUAUACACGUCUGCUGGAUACAUAUGUGGUCCCUGUCCACCUGGACUCACUGGCAAUGGACAAAUAUGCACACCAAGAACGGCAAACAGGCAGACACCAGCGAGGGCAGGUGACAAACUCACAGAUGUCACUUCCUCUUUGGCCACACCCUCUUCCACCAGGAAGCCAGUUGAACUUCCAAUUGGAGUUGAGAGAUCUCUUCCCAGCAACAAGUGGACCUCAUCCAUUGAGAGGAAGACCACCACAAACACCAAAACAAAAACCAGCCAAAACAGAGCGCAGCUGAGUGAAGAAGAGUUUGAAUCUGCACUCACUGAGGAUAAUAGAACCUGUGCUGACUCCCCCUGUUUCUCCGGAGUGUCUUGUGAGCCCACUUCCUCUGGUUCGUUCAGAUGUGGUAGCUGUCCACAUGGCUUUAAAGGAAAUGGAAUCACAUGCAAAGCCUUGUGCCGCUACCUAUGUGGUCAGAAUAUGGAGUGCUCGCAGCCUAACACUUGCACCUGCAAAGAGGGUUACACCGGAUACAACUGCCACAUCGCUGUGUGUCGACCAGACUGCAAGAACAGAGGGAAGUGUGUGAAGCCCAAUGUGUGUGAAUGUCCUGCAGGGUACAACGGACCCACCUGUGAGGAAGCCAUCUGUGACCCCCCUUGUCAACAUGGCGGCCUCUGUUUGUCCAGAAAUUACUGCACUUGCCCUUAUGGCUACGUGGGACCAAGAUGUGAAACGAUGGUGUGUAACAGGCAUUGUGAAAACGGUGGAGAAUGUGUGUCGCCUGACGUAUGCAAGUGUAAGCCGGGCUGGUAUGGACCAACAUGUAACUCAGCUGACUGUAAGCCCGUGUGUUUAAAUGGAGGGACUUGCAUCAAACCUAACAUCUGCGCUUGUCCCAGCGGCUUCUACGGUUCACAGUGCCAGACUGCUCUGUGUAAUCCGCCAUGUAAAAACCGAGGCCAGUGCAUGAGAAAUAAUGUGUGCUCCUGUCCUGAAGGAUACACCGGCAAGAGAUGCCAGAAAAGUGUGUGUGACCCCAUGUGCAUGAACAAUGGAAAGUGUGUUGGUCCAAACAUCUGUUCCUGUCCGUCUGGAUGGAGAGGAGGGGGUUGCAACAUCCCGGUGUGUUUACAGAAGUGUAAAAAUGGUGGAGAGUGUGUUGGUCCGAACACCUGCCACUGUCCAACUGGAUGGGAGGGUCUGCAGUGCCAAACUCCAAUCUGUAAACAAACAUGCCUUAAUGGGGGAAGAUGUGUGUUCCCAAAUUUCUGCCAUUGUCGCCCAGGUUACACUGGACCCUCCUGUGCUACUAAAACCAGGUGAUGAGGAUGUGACAUUGAAGACAACUCUGAUCACUAUACAAAAAUGAAGUGUUAAUGUGUGUAAGCAUCAGUGCCCUAAAACUCUUGAGUGUUUUGAGUGUUAUAUGUGUGUAUGUGUGUGUACGUGAGUAUUUCUCAAACAGCUGUGCACAUGUGACAAUGACUUGUCAUUUUUUAUUUGAUUUAAUUUGUUGUGAUUUAUGUAGUAAAGCGUGCACACUUUAUAAAGUUUGUAAAAUCAUUUGGUAACACUUUCUGUGAAGCCCAUAUUUUCUCUGCCUAGCCAAAAAAAAAGUUGCAUACUCUAAUAUUUCAUUGGACCACCUUUAGCUUUGAUAGACCACAUGACCUUUUUCCAUUGCUCCACAGUCCAAUCUUUAUGCUCCCUAGCAAAUUGAAGUCGUUUUUCCGAUUAGCCUCACUAACAAGUGGCUUUCUUGUGGCCACACAGCUGUUUAGUCCCAAUCCUGUAAGUUCUCGUAUCAUUGUGCAUGUGGAAAUACUCUUACUUUCACUAUUAAACAGCCGUGAGUUCUACUGUCUUAUUUUUACGAUGUGACUUUGUAUCUGCGAUCACGAUGAUUUAGGAUAUUUUUCCGACCACAUUUCUUCUGUGAAGCUGACGGUUCACCACUAUCCAGGUUUUAAUAAUGUGUUGGACAGUUAUUAACCCAAUUCCUGUGAUUUCAGCAAUCUUUGCUUGAUGCAGGCCAAUAAUUUGCCCCUUCUGAAACACAGUAACAUCUUUUCCACGACCACGGGGAUACGUCUUCCAACAUGGUUGUUAAAGAAAUGAGAAGCUACACACUGCAUUAAUUAGGGUUUAAAGAAUUGUUGCCAGCUGAAACAUAUUAAUCACUGCAGUAAUGAUCCAAUCAUAGGUAUCUGCUUAUUUAAAUCCAUAUGGCAAAAAAAAAUUUAGCCAGGCAUUGUAUAAUGCAUUGUAAAGGCAUUAUAAAUGCAUUAUACUGAAUUCAUAAUGUCUCAUAAAACACCUUAUAAAGUUAUAACUUCUCAUAAAUAAUUAUAACUACAGUUAUAAUACAUUAUAAGACUACCCCAUUAUACUUUAGAGUAUAAUGCAUUAUAACACAAGCAACAUCCAAUUUUAUUGCAGCAGAAGCUAAUAUAGUUAAUCAUAUAAGUGCUGUAUAGUGUAAACAGUCAAACGGCUUUGUGAUGUGAUCAUAUUAUAAGUGGUCUUUUCCUGCUUUAAGUAAAGUUACAAAAGCAAUAUCUUCUUAUAAACAGCAAUAACAUAAGCUUAUAACAUACAUCACAAGUCAAACUUGUAUAAUGGAAGUUAUUUAUAAAAUAUAUCUUUAAAUAAGAUGCACAAACAUUAAUGUUUAGAGUCCAGUAUAGAAUCAGUUUGAUUUUUUUUUUUAGUUGGCUACAUGUGUGAUCAACACAGAGAGAGAGAGUUUCUGAUAUAUAUUAACAUUGUAGCUUCACAAGUGUUUUUUUUUUUUUAUAUAUAUAGAUAUAUAUCUUAAAAUUUACAUUGAAUGUGUGUUAUUUUGUAUUUUGUGCAUGUGUAAUGUAUAUAACUUCCAGCAUGACUUGUAAUGUCUUAUAAACACUUAAAAAUAUCUUAUGGAUGUUUAUAAUAAGACAUUUCUUUUGUCACUUUACUUAGA